AUGGCAUUUGACAAUGUUAGCGCCCCACAGCCUUCAUCAGCAACUGUUGCAGUGGCACUACCAUUCGCCACACCCUUUCCAGAUGUAUCAAAAAUCGAAAUUUUCGCCAAUGAAAAUUUGAAAAGAUGGCAAGAACGUGUGCACUCUCUACUUGACAUCCAUGGAGUAGCUUAUGCGUUCACUGAAUGUCAACCUUUUGCAACUACGGAUGCCAAGACUCAAGAAUCAUGGCAAUACGCCAACAAGGUAUGCCGACACACUAUCCUUCAAACACUCUCUAAUGAAUUAUUUGAUGUCUACUGUAGCAGCAAAGAAGCCAAGGCAAUUUGGGAAGCCUUGGUAACAAAGUUUACUGCCGAAAAUGUAACCAAGCAAAAAUUCGUCGUAGGAAAAUACAACCAAUGGCAAAUGACUGAUGACAAGGAAAUGAAAAUUCAAAGCACCGAGUAUCAAAUGCUGCUAGAGGACUUGAAAAAUGAAGACAUCAAUCUACCUGAGAAAUUCGCUGCAGGCAUGCUGAUUGAAAAGCUACCGGAGUCAUGGGCCGACUAUAAAAAUAAAUUGAAACACAAGGAGAAAAAUUAUACCAUGGAUGAGCUCGUGAAGCACAUUCUCAUUGAGGAUUCAAACAAAAGGGAGUUGAGAGCUACCAAGGCAAAGGAGAUGGCUUACAAAGCCAAUCUAGUCCAAAGCAAUAAUAAAAGACUUAAUAAAGGUGACAAAGCAAAUGGUAAUCCUCCUAAGGUGCACUUAAUCGAAGGAGAUGAUAUAAUUGUUGUUGUCAUCUCUCAAGUGAACAUUGCAGCCAAUAUCAAAGAGUGGGUAGUAGACUCUGGGGCUACUCGGCACAUAUGUGCAAAUCGCGAAGCAUUUUCCUCCUACUCCUAUAGGGGAUAA